CAGAAAGAUGGCGGACCUCAGGAAAAUCUGUCCUGAGUCUUCGCCCUGCCGUGUCAACUACUCUCGAAAGACAACGUUUCAGGGGAGGCUUUUUAUCCUUCUCUGCGUACUCAUAGUGGAUUCCGGUGGAGCCACGACCCACUGGGUUGUCACGGAGGAUGGGAAAAUCCAACAGCAAGUGGACUCCCCUCUGAAUCUGAAACACCCACAUGAUGUUGUAAUAUUCAUGCGGCAAGAGACUCGAGUUAACUACCUCAAGAGGUUGGAGAAGCAGCUAGUGGCUCAGAAAAUUCACAUUGAAGAGAACGAGGAUCGAGACACAGGUCUGGAGCAGAGACACUACAAAGAGGAUGCAGACUGCGUGAUGGCUAAAGUGCCCCUCGGGGAUCUGGAUCUGUAUGAUGGCACUUUCAUUGCAAUUGAAAGCAAAAAUAUUAGCCCUGAAGACUUUGUGGAUUCCCGAUCCGCUUUGCCCCCAGAUCUAGAAAAGCCAGACUGUGCAAAAGUGUUUGAACUACCUUAUAGUAUCCAUGCUUUUCAACAUCUCAGGGGUGUGCAGGAGAGGGCAAAUUUGACCUCCCCACUUCUUUCAAAGGAGGAUCCUAUUUUCAGUUCCUUGUCUCACAAAAUGGGCCGCAGUGUGGACGAGGUGGGCCAUCGCAUACAUCAAGCUUUACUCAGGAAUUCAUCAUCCUGGGUGCUUUAUAACAUGGCGUCAUUUUACUGGCGCAUGAAGAACGAGCCGCAGCGGGCAGUGGACUGUGUCGUGCGCGCGCUGCAUUUCUCCCCAAGGCAGCAUAAGGAUAUAGCCCUGGUCAACAUGGCCAACGUCCUGCAUCGUGCCCAUUUCUCAGCAGAUGCUGCGAUCCUCGCCCAUGCCGCCCUCGACCUGACCUCUGACCUUUUCACCAGUCAUUAUACCUUGGGCAACAUUUAUGCUAUGCUUGGGGAAUACAACCACUCAGUGCUGUGCUACGAGCAGGCACUGCAGGCUCAGCCAGGCUUUGAGCAGGCCCUGAGGAGGAAGCACGCUGUGCUUUGUCAGCAAAAGCUGGAGCAGCGCCUGGAAGCCCAGCACAGAUCCCUGCAGCGGACGCUGAACGAGCUGAAGGAGUACCAGAAGCAGCACGAUCACUACCUCCGCCAGCAGGAGGCACUGGACAAACACAAGCUGCUGCAGGAGGAGCAGAUCCUGCGCAACAUUAUACACGAGACCCAGAUGGCCAAAGAAGCCCAACUCGGGAACCAUCAGAUGUGUCGCCUGGGACAACAGCAGCGCAAUCUUUACUGCCCUUUUGACCUGCCUGUGCGUUAUCACCGGGGUGAUCUGUUUGAACACGUCCAUUAUGUCCAAUUUGGAGAGGAGGUGUCUGUGGCGUCCAGCGUGGCUCUUGUGUCAGAGCGCAAUGCGAACCAGACGACCCCCGGCCCCCAGCUCCAUCCCUCUGUGUCCGGGGACAAGGACCCUGCUGCUGCCCUUUGGGGAAACCACCAAGAUAAUACAGAGGAUAUCCAAAAGAUGUUGUGGCCUCAGAGGACUGACUGUGCUCAUGAGUACCCCAGCGUACCUCCCGCAAACCUUCUGCCGACCUACUACCUUCCCCCUGAAACUCAGGGUUUGAGCCCCGUGGCGUCUCUUCUUUACGGGAGCAGCAGUCUUUCUCAGACUGUUGCUCUGCCAGACUGCGGUCCCUCCCCCCAGCCGUACCCCGCCCUGUUGCCUGCUUCACUGGAGUGGACCCUUGAAGAGAAGGAGCUGUCAGAUCCCUUUGCCUCCGAGAUAUUGCAGCUUCGCAGCGGAGGAUCAACACUGGAGCAAAUUGGCUACAAAAUAGCUCAAGCUAUGAAACAAACCACUUUACCCCGCUGGCAGGUCCUUAACGAAGCUGCCCUGUUCUGGAGGGCUAAAGGCAACGGCAGCCGGGCCCUGCAGUGCCUGCGACAAGUGUUGAGCUCAGCCCCGCCUUCCCACCGCCACCUGCCCCUCACCAACGCCGCUAACCUGCUGCUACACUACGGCCUGACCUCCCAUGCACAAACCCUGCUGGAGCAUGCACUGGCACUCAAUUCAUCAGAGCCUCACACCCAGCUCAGCCUGGUGAGCGUGCAGUUGGCCCAGGGUAACGUGACGGGCGCUCUGGCGUUGUUCCGCCACAUCCUGGAGACGGCCCUGUCCUCCUCCUCUUCCUUCACAUCGUUCGCCGACUGCCAGCAGUGCCGCAGCAGCCUGCCUCUGCUGCGCUGUCUCCAGUUCUACCCCUUCCUGUACAACCUGUCACAGCGGCAGCCCUGCUCACAGAGCGCUGGCUGCAUGGUGGAGGACGACCUCGGUAUACAGCUGGAGGAAUGGGAGGGCAGUGAGGAGAAACAGGACACCCCUGCUCUUUCUGCCAUAGAGGACACUCUACUGUUUGAAAAGGUGGUCUUGGACAGUAACGGUUCCGGUGAGGCGGCCGGCCAGCAGCAGCCUCCUCCCUCUGCCUCAGAGACGGGGAAACUGGCAGCUUCCUUUGGAGACGGGGCGGAAAAGGAGGAGGAGUGGCAGCUGAAGGAGGACCUGAUGGGGGCGUUCGAGGGAGCUCUGGACGUCGGAGGGAAACGAGGCGACCUCCGAGGUAUCCGAGUUCUGAAAAACGACCGCGUCAUGGGCGCCCGUGCCGGGAGUGGGCCCUGCUUUGGAAACUGCGAGGAUGACGAAGGAGCGGAGUGGAUCACCUUCCAGGUGAAACGAGUCAGAAAAGCAAAGGUGGACGGCUCAGAAACGGUUUCCAUCUCUGAUGACAGUCAGAAUGGCGACUUGUCGCCUGGCGGACACUCCGUUCUAGAGAUAAGCGGUCCGACUAUCCCAUCGCCUGGCCCCUCAGGUCGCUGGAGAGACUACACAAGUCUGGGCUGGCCAGGGCCAGAGGAGUGCCAGCGCACACGGAGGGUAGACCUCACCACUGUGGCCAGUACCUGGUUGGCUGUUUCAGCCAAAAACAUCGACAUCACAGAGCACAUAGACUUUGCCACUCCGCUCCAGGAGCCAGCAGCCGAACCUUUAUGCAACGCCAACCUGGCAGCCAGCAUGCACACCCUGGACCACCUCGCGGGGGUGGCCAAUCGAGCCGCCAUCCACUACACCGGGGAGAGCCAGCUGCGUGAGGUUCUGCAGAACCUCGGCAAAGAUAAGUUCUCCCCGCAGUCCUUUGAGCAGGUCGGAACGCGCAUCGCUAAAGUACUGGAGAAGAAUCAAACAUCCUGGGUUUUAUCCAGCAUGGCUGCACUGUACUGGAGGGUGAAAGGUCAAGGCAAGAGGGCCAUCGACUGUCUGCGACAGGCCCUCAACUACGCCCCGCAUCACAUGAAGGACGUUCCCCUCAUCAGCCUGGCCAACAUCUUCCAGAACGCUCGGCUGUGGGAGGACGCCCUCACCGUCGCUCGCAUGGCCGUGGAAAUCGCUCCGCACUUUGUCGUCAACCACUUCACCCUCGCCAACGUCUACAUAGCAAUGGAGGAGUUUGAGAAAGCCAUGCGCUGGUACGAGUCCACCCUGAAGCUGCAGCCGGAGUUCGCCCCCGCCAAAGAUCGACUGAGAACCAUCCAGUGCUACCUGCUCACCAAGAGGGAGCGCCGUCAGCCGUGAUGGAGCCCGGGACGACCCAGUGAUCACAGGACAACACCUCACAACGCGCACACACAUACACACACUCACAUAUACACAUGAAUAUCACAAGAAACUCGUAUUAAAAAAAAAAAACAAACUUGAAACUGGUGGAACAAAACAUAUCAGUACACACAAAUUUGGGUCCUUUUUUUUAAAAAUGUUUUGACGUCUAACGUAACCAUGAUAUUUAGAUUUGACACGCAGUCAAACUGUAGGUAACCAGGCCCCUCCACAACAGGACCUUUCAUUGUACAAAAAAAAAUCUUAAAAGUUGCGACAGUCAAACCAGGUUUUUUUUUUUUUUCUUUUCUCGGUUUGUCUGAAUCUAAUUGAGCAAUAUUGUCGAGCUCCAGCUAAACAAUAGUGUGAUGCAAUAUUUUUAUUGGAACUUGUGCUAAUUGGAAGAAAUGCUUAUAAAGGUUGUUUUUGUUUUUUUUAAAGGCGUUGAAGCAUUUUUGAUUUAAUUCCGUGGCGUCGAAAGUAAAGACCACGUUUUAACUUAAUUGUGGAUUUUACAUGGAAAUGGUGGGAAAUGAUAGUAUUUGCUUUAAAUAUUUUGCAGAGAUGGUAAGGAAUGUGCUUCCCACUCAGAGGGUAAUGGAAUGGAACAAUAAUAUGCCCUUGCUAUUUUUGCUUCUUGAGAUGGGUGGGAAUUAUCAGUUUUGUUUUUGUUUUUUUGCACUUAUUUGGGUUUUUUUUUUUUUUUUUUUUUCCUCCGUAUCAUUCCUAUUUAUAAUGGGGACCUGCAAAACUGAUUCUGCGCCAAGCUAAUUUAAGUAAGAAUUAAAGUAUGCUCUUACAUUUGCUUCUUAACUUAUGGAAAUCAUCAGGCAGAAU